AUAAAGAUAGAUAUGAGACUGCCGUUCUUCUUUAUCGUGUUGAUAUAUCUGUGGCCAGACCUAACAACCAGUCAGGACACAUCAUUAGGACAGGAAUCACAACCAGAAUUACUACAACAAUUACUACAGCAACUGCAACAGACAUCUCCUCAAACGAUAGACCAGGAAAUCCUCAAUGCAGCAGGUCCGGAAGCGUUUAAUAGUGACGUCAGCGACCCGAUACACCAGGAAUUCAAAAUACAGGGAGAUAUCGUCUUCAAGUAUGGCGAGCUAGCUGGUGCCUUGCAACCUGAACCAGCAGUUCACGGCGGACUAGUGAGGAAGAAGAGGAAAACUCCCCAGGAUCUCACUAAGAUGUGGCCGAACGCCGAAGUCCUCAUUGCCUUUGAUUCAAGAGCUUCGUUUUCUCCCGAAGAACGCAGCCUAUUCCAGAGUGCAUUAGAACAAUGGCAGAGAAAAACCUGCGUUCGGUUUCGAACCCCAACAAUAAAUGACAUCCAUCAAGGGAGGUCCUUCAUCUUUGUCCAGGACGGAAAGGGCUGUUCCUCUCCUCUCGGGAUGAACCCUAUGCGCGAGACGGGUAUUUUCAAAUACCAGCCUUUAACACUUGCACGGCCUUGCAGAACGAGACGUAUAAUGAUGCACGAAGUGGGACAUAGCCUCGGUCUGAUCCACGAACAGUCCCGCAGUGACAGAGAUAGCAGUGUCAACGUUAUGUGGCAAAAUGUACCAGUGCACAUGCGUCACAACUUCCAAAAGUUCACCGAACAGGUGACAAAUAACAGAAACACACCGUAUGACUACGAAAGUCUGAUGCACUACGGCCCGAAUGCUUUCACUACUAACGGUGCGCCAACCCUUCGGACACUGGACGCUUCCUACCAGGACAGAAUUGGAGGAUUUCAGGAAAUAAGUCGUUAUGACGCCAUGGCCAUUAGCAAUAUGUAUAACUGUGGAGCUCGUAUGCAGCCGUUCAUACCGCCCUGGUGGCAUCGACUUCUCGGCAGGAAGAAGAAAUAAAGUCAAGAGAUAGCAAAAAACACAUAAUUCUUCAUUUUUUAAGUGCUUAAGUUUCAUAGUUAUGAAUAACAUUAUAAAGAGUCUAUCAUUUUGUGAACAGAUAGCGACUGUUUCUUUAUGUAAGUGGUUAUAUCAAUGUCAUUAGAGGUCAGACACCGUCUUACAUCGUGUGUGUUGUCAGAUCGUUUCUCGUGUUGAGGUAAACUAACGUAGUCAUAACAUAGGACAUACAAGAUUUGACGUCAUUAUUGUAAGAAAUUUAUGUUGUCAUAACAGUUUUACCUCUAUGCACAAAUUGAUGACGUCGCAAGUUUUAAUGAAUUUACAUUGUGGAUCAGGGCCCAGUUGUUCAAAAAGUGAUUAGUUUUAUCAGUGAUUAGCGCAAAUUUUAUUUUUGUGUAUUUUAAAGACACAACCAUUGAAUAAGUUACAACUUUCCAAACAUCAAAUAUUUAGUAAAGUAAAUUUACAUGCAAAAUUGUGAGAUUUUACCUGGUAUAUUGACGAAAUUAUUAAAGGUUGAAAAAUGUCGUUAAACAGUGAUAUAGCUAAACACCUUAUCAACAACUGGGCCCUGGUGGUAAAUACAAGAACCAAUAGUAGGACUAUAUCACCUCUGAAUACAUAAGAUAUAAAUAGCAAACAGCUUACUGGUCAAUAAAGCGAAGGAAAUUUAGAUCGACGUCAACCAAAAAAGGCAUUUAUUAAAUCAAGUAUAUAUUGAUGGAACAGUCAGAAGAGUUUAUUUAUUGCCAAACAAUGAAGGAGGAACGCACCAACAAAAUAGUUCUAGGACAUCAAAAGGUGAAUAAAAAGGCAAUACGAAAACGGUAUAUUUGAUAUAGAUUUGUAACGGAUUAUAAAUUGAUUAACUUAAAAAGGGAUUGAAAUUCCACCGCACUCAGAAAAUUAAGACAAAUAAAUUAUUAUUCACUUUCACAAGAAAUUACCUUUACCAGUAUAAGGGUGAAUAUGACCCAGACAAACCUCUAAAGAAAGUCGACGUAAAAACCUCCUAAAUCUACAUUUUUGUUGACAUAUUGAGCUAUUAAUAUAUAAUAUAUAGAUUAAUAACAACACAAUGCACAAGCUUCUAACUACAUUGUAUUUUUCCAAAAUAUCAUCCGCUGUACUUAUUAUGUAUUUCUUUGGGGAUGGAGUGGGGAUAAAAAAAAACCAGUCAAAGGUGCUAUUGUUGUGGGUUUGGACAGCUAGGUUUUGAGAAAAUGUUCGGUACGUUACCUGAUAAAUUCAACUUUACCAUUAUGUUAAUGGUAGUUUUGCUCAACUGUAUGAAUAAACUAAUCAACUAUUAAAUUGAAAAGAAAAAGAAAUGA